GCCCUGCGCACGCGCGCGGUCCGGCGGGCUGAGGGCGCGCGGGGGCGGGCAGGCCCGAGCGUCGGGUGUUGGUUUCGGGCGGGCGGGUGGCCGCCCGGGGUGGGGGGGGAUCUGGGGUGUCGCCGCCAGGAUGCACGACGCGUACGAGCCGGUGCCGAUCCUGGAGAAGCUGCCGCUGCAGAUCGACUGCAUGGCGGCCUGGGAGGAUUGGCUUCUUGUUGGUACCAAGCCAGGACAUCUCCUCCUCUACAGGAUCAAGAAGGAAUUAGGUAGUAACAAAUUUGAAGUCUUACUAGAAAAGUCCAACAAAAACUUUUCAAAGAAAAUUCAACAGCUUUAUGUGGUAUCCCAAUUUAAGAUACUGAUUUCGCUCUUGGAAAAUAAUAUUUAUGUUCAUGAUUUACUCACAUUCCAACAAAUUACAAUGGUUGCAAAAGCUAAAGGUGCCAGUCUCUUCUCAUGUGAUUUGAAGCGACCUGAUGGCGAUGAGCUGGUUCUCACUAUGUGUGUAGCCGUGAAGAAGAAACUGCAACUCUACUACUGGCAGGGCCGGGAGUUCCAUGAAGCGCAGGCAGAUUUCAGUGUUCCCGAUGUUCCCAAAUCCAUGGCCUGGUGUGAGAACUCCAUUUGUGUGGGCUUUAAAAGAGAUUAUUAUCUUAUCAGGUUAGAUGGAAAAGGUUCAAUAAAGGAACUUUUUCCGACUGGGAAGCAACUGGAGCCUCUUGUAACUCCCUUGGAGGACCAAAAGGUGGCAGUUGGGCAAGACGACUUAACAGUGGUUCUGAACAAGGAUGGAAUCUGCACUCAGAAGUGUGCCCUUAACUGGACAGAUAUCCCUCUCGCUAUGGAACAUCAGUCUCCUUAUAUCAUAGCAGUGCUGCCACGAUAUGUGGAGAUUCGUACUUUUGAGCCACGGCUACUGGUACAGAGUGUGGAGCUGCAAAGGCCCCGGUUUAUCACAUCUGGGGGGUCUAAUGUUGUCUACGUGGCCAGUAAUCACUUUGUGUGGAGGCUGGUACCUGUUUCAAUUGCAACUCAGAUCCGACAGCUUCUUCAAGACAAGCAAUUUGAACUAGCAUUGCAGCUUGCUAAAAUGAAGGAUGAUUCAGACAGUGAUAAGUGGCAACAGAUUCAUCACAUUCAGAACCUUUUUGCUUUCAAUCUGUUCUGCCAAAAGCGCUUUGAUGACUCCAUGCAGGUUUUUGCUAAGCUUGGCACAGAUCCCACUCAUGUGAUUGGGCUGUACCCAGACUUGUUGCCGGCUGACUUCAGGAAACAACUUCAGUAUCCAAAUCCUCUUCCCACACUAUCUACUGCAGAGCUGGAGAAAGCACACUUAGCACUCAUAGACUACUUGACCCAGAAACGAAUGCAUUUGGUUAAACAGCUGCAUGAUUCAGAUCCCUCUACCACUUCGCCACUCAUGGAAGGAACGCCAACCAUCAAGUCAAAGAAAAAAUUGCUCCAGAUUAUUGACACAACAUUAUUAAAAUGUUACCUUCAAACUAAUGUGGCACUUGUGGCCCCAUUGUUACGGCUGGAAAACAACCAUUGUCACAUUGAGGAGAGUGAACAUGUUCUGAAGAAAGCACAGAAGUACAGCGAGCUGAUUAUUCUCUAUGAAAAGAAGGGUCUACACGAGAAAGCUUUGCAGGUCCUACUAGAUCAGGCAAAAAAAGCUAACUCACCACUGAAAGGACAUGAGCGAACUGUGCAGUACCUGCAAAGACUGGGGAAAGAGAACUUGAAUAUUAUUUUUGAAUUUUCUCUCUGGGUCCUGAAAGCAUGUCCUGAAGAUGGGUUAAAGAUAUUUACAGAGGAUCUCCCUGAAGUGGAAAACCUACCGAGAGACAAAGUAUUGGAAUUCCUGAAGGAGAGCUGCAAGGAGCUUGCCACUCCAUAUCUGGAACACAUCAUUUAUACUUGGGAUGAAACGGGGUCAGUCUUCCACAACUGCCUGAUCCAAUUAUACCGUGAAAAAGUGCAAGCCCUCAUGAAGGACUACCUCAACUCUCUACCUGAGGAUGAGAUUCCUGUUCCUGCUGGAAUGGAAGAAGGGGAGUUGGGAGAAUAUAGAAACAAACUAUUGUCAUUCUUGGAAAUCUCGACACAUUAUCAGCCCAGCAAGCUCAUCAGUGACUUUCCAUUUGAUGGAUUGCUGGAGGAGCGAGCACUGCUAAUGGGUCAAAUGGGUCUUCAUGAGCAAGCCCUUUUUAUUUAUGUCCAUGUACUGAAGAAUAUUAAAAUGGCAGAGGAAUACUGUCACAGACAUUAUGAUUGGAGCAGGGAUGGCAACAAAGAUGUGUACCUCUCUUUACUGCGUAUGUACUUAUCACCACCUGACAUUCAUUGUGUGGGACCAAUCCGGCUGGAGGUACCAGAGCCACAGGCAAACCUGCAGGCUGCACUGAGAGUACUGGAGCUGCACCACAGCAAGCUGGAUACCACGAAGGCUUUGAAUCUGCUUCCUGCCAACACACAAAUCCGGGAGAUCCAAGUAUUUCUGGAGAAUGUUCUUGAAGGAAAUGCUCAGAGACGACGCUCCAAUCAAAUUAAGAAAAGUCUCCUUCAUGCUGAAUUCCUUCGUAUCCAAGAGCAGAGGAUUUACCAUCAGGAGGUGAAAUGCAUCAUAACUGAAGAGAAAAUCUGUCGAGUCUGCAAGAAGAAAAUAGGAAACAGUGCUUUUGCCCGUUAUCCCAAUGGUGUUGUGGUCCAUUAUUUCUGCUGCAAAGACCGAAAUGUUUGUCCCACAGAGACGUGAAUGUGCCACCCCAUUUGGAAUGCAGGAAUCUAUUUGCUGUCACGAUGGACAUUUGGAUAAGAUGGAGGUUUGGGAAGGUAGCCUGCCCUUCACUGAAAGAUGAGCAACUGUUGGGCAAAUGACACGCACUGCGUGAUAGACACUGUUGGCGUUGACGAUAACAUGAAUAACUGUGUAUAUAUACUAUUACUGGCAUGUUGGCUUUCUGCUUACAUUGGGGAAUUAGUGUAAAACUGGAAGCUGUUUCCUGUGUAAGGUUGUAUAUUUGACUUUUGCCACUUUCUGAAAGACAGUUGCACUACAUGAUGGUAAAUCCCCAGGGUCUGAUGGCACUGUGCUGAAGUACUUUGUUAAAGGGGCUGUUGAUUUUUAGCCUGACCAGGGAUUAAAUCUCUUCAAAGCAAGAUGACAUUUUGAGCAUUAUUCUCAUUUACGUCAUGUCUUGUUCCAAGCUCUCUGCUCAUAGCACUUUUGGUUUGUAAUUCCCUGAUUUUUAUUUCCACAUCAUGUUUUCUUUGAGUGUGUGCCUUCGUCUAACAAGAAAAACUACUAACUAAGCUUCCAAAGCAAUGCAUUGUACAGAAUAAUCUACUUAACUGUGGUAUAGCACUCCAUUUGGAGUUUGUCCCAAUGCUAUAAAAUACAUUUAAUGAUCUUUCUAUUUAAGAUCUUGAAUCUGUAAAUGUUUAAAAGAAAAUGUGGGUAGAUAUACUUAGAACCCUAAAUUUUGAAAUGCAGAACAUUUCUUGUAUGUCUUGCCACUUUGUAUUUUUUCACUUUAACAUCCUACUUAAUAAAACAACAGUACAGAAUUAUUUCCCACUUGUUCUCGGGUUGGGGUAGGACACGUGAUACUGCAGUUGAUUUGGUUCCCUCUCUCCUCUCUGCCUUUCCACUUUGGAACAGGAUUCUUGCAAUUGAAUGCUACCAUACAUCCAGGAUGGAAAGUGCACACAUGUGAACCAGGUUCAGUUGUAAAGUCACCCACCCAGAGUUAUUUAAUAAUCAUUGUCUAUUGCCAAGUGGUUGAGGUGUCAGAGCAUCAUUGCAAUUGUGUUUUUGUUACAGUACCUCAAGAGAGGAGGAGGAAAAAAAAUGUACAGAAAUGUUCCUUUGGCUCUAGUAAUGACCAUAAAGUUGUAUUUUAAACAGUUCCUCAAAUCAAUUUGGCUGGUUUUGUUUGUGUGAUUGCAAUGGACUGUACUAUUGCACUUGUUCCAGCAAGGUAUUAAACAUUGGUUGAAUUUAAGUUCAUUGCGGGUGGCUAGAUUUGUAAGUGAAUUUAUUUUUUUAUUUUUCCUGCAGUGAUAUAUAUUUAAAAAGAUUUUCUCCACCCUGCUAGCUUCACCCCUGUCCCCGUUGUGGCCUUCAUUCCAAUGAAAGGAGUGUACUGAAGGUGUAGAUGUAAUGAGUAAGCAUACAACAAGCUGAUGCACGUGUUUACUUCACUUUCCAACAGCAUAGCCAACAUGAUGUGGAAACAACCACUGAAGAUUGGAAAACGGGGUUGAGUUUUAUGAUACUUGUAAGGAUAAGUCUACCAAAGCCUAGGAGAGAAAACAUCUCAGCUUGUCAGUCUUCCAACAUUUAGCUCUGCACUGAAUGCUGUGUUUUGGAAUUAAAUCCUGAUAAUCUUACAAGGAUUUUAUAUUUCAACCAAUAUAUCUUUAUAUUUCAACCAAUAUAUCUUUAUAUUUACCCCCAGUUAAAUUUGGACCAGUUCCAAGGCAAGUCUUUGCUGAGCUGUCUACCAGAAAGUCUUUGAUACUUCAUUCUAUUCAUUUCUACUCAAUUAUAUUUAUUGAUGAGCUGGUUUUGGCCAAAGUUGACCACAGGUCUGAGUAACUGUGGGCGUUAGUCUGCAUACACUUGGAAUGAAAAGAGGACAGGAAGAAAAUGAGUAUUUUCUUGGCUUCAAAGUAAGCCAAGCUUUAAUUUUUUCCAUGAAAUGGGAAAAAAUUAAAAGAGAAAAAAAUAAGAUUAUUUGGUGCAAUAGAUGAUGCCAGUACACCAAUAAUAAGCACACAAGGAAAAGGUGCAAUUAAGCACCACACAACUCUUAGUUCAAAAAAAUAAAUUGGAAACCGUGACAGCACUGUUAUUUUUUGAGCUAUGAACUGAGAUUGAAUCUCCCACAUUUCAUGUUUAAAUAUGACUUUUACUUUGUUCCUUUUCGUACACUUAAGGAUACCCAAAGGAAAACUUCUGAAUGAGAAAUCUUUUUUAAUUAACCAUCCAGAUAGGAGGCUGAAUGACCAUGUGAGAUUCAGCUCAAACUGUGGUUUGCUUAUAGAUUUACUUUUCCUGCAGCCUGUGGGGAAUUGAGGUGACCAUAUUCUCAGCUCUGUUCCAUAGCAAUUUGCUACAUAAUUAUUUUCAGAAGCCCAAUACAAAACAUAUUAAACAAUGCAAAGUGGAAGUUGUGGAUGUUUUUGAGAUUGCCCUUAGGUUACUGAGAUUAUUAACAACCCUGAACCCACUUGUUUUACAGCAAUAGUUACAUCAAUGUCCGACUUCCUGAAGUUAAUUCUGACAUUUGGAGAUCUUGUGCUUCGACUGACUUCAGUUUCUUAGCAUUGUGCAUCCGGAAAUGUAAAGGUUCUUUCAAUCUUGCUCCUGCAUUUCAGCAAAAACUGUUUGCCUUUCUGUGGAUUUUUCUCCCUUGAGGAAUUUUGAAUUUUAAAGGUUAGCUGUGGAAAGUCAUAUAUCUUUAUGCUCCUGUCUGAAACCAAGACUCAUCAUCCACCCUUUCUCUCCUCACCCAUUAAAAACCAAGGCAUUGAAUUCCCAGAUGACCCAUUGAUGGAAUAUAUUUAUUUUGCUCUAACCUGAAGGUUCAAUUGUGCAUACCCGACCAUGAGAUCCAACAGUAGAUUUCUGAAUAAAUCCAGCAAGUGGCAGCAAGAAAGCUUUUUCUCAGUCGGUUGAUCUCAGUCAAAGCAGUUUUGGACAGUAAAAUUAGUCAUUUACAUGGCCAUUUAUUCCGCCAGUAGUCAGAGUUGGGUUCACCCACAGAGUGCCAUCAUCAGCAACAAACAAUCUGCUGGACGAACUCAGUGGUCUUUUCUGCUGAGUUCCUCCAGCAGAUUGCUUGUUGCUUCAGAUUCCAGCAUCUGCAGUCUCUUGUGAGUGCCAUCAUCAUAGAAGCUAAUAGCUGGCACCUAAAGAUUUAUAACACUGCAUUUGUCACUGCCUUCAAGAGAUAGUACACCCACAAAACCACAAACUAUACAUUAAUAUUAACAUAACGAAAAUUGUAAUCACUGCUAGAAUUUGAAACAAAAAACUGCAAAUGAUGGAAAUCUGAAAUAAAAGCUGGAAAUACUCAGCAGGUCAGGAAGCAUCUGUGGAGAAUUUUAGGUUGAAGAUCUUUCGUCAGAACUAGGCAUGGUUAGAAAACAAGAGGAAGAGGUGGAGAGAAUAAAGGGAAUGUCUGUGUUAUGGUGGAGAUCAGGAGAGACUGAAUGACACAAGUGGUGGUGGUGACAGCUGAGAGAGGGUGGUUGAGGUUUGUUAAUCGUAGCUGAUCUGUCCAGAGGAGAAGUAGACAGGAGAAAUGAAUCAAGACAAAGGUAAGUUGCAGAACACUGCAUUUGCCAAAGUAAAAGAAAAUGCUCAAAAUACCUAGCAGAUCAGAUUCAUCUGUGGAGAAAGAAAAGCUGAGUUCACAUUAUAGAUUGAUGACCUUUCAUCUGAACUGACCGUAAUGUGCCUGGUUAGAAGGUGAAGGGUUGUUCCUAGAUCUUACUGGUUUCAUUGGAACAAUGCAAGAGGAUAAAGACAUGUCAGAGUGAAAGUGGGAUGGAGAGGGGACUGGAACCUCAGGGUCACCCUUGUGGACUGAGUAGAGGGGUUCUUCAAAGCACUCACCCAUUCUGCGUUUUUUUCCAAGGUAGCAAAGGCCACAUCGUGAGCACUGAAUGCAGUGCACUAAAUUGGAAGAAGUACUAGUCAAUUGCUGCUUUACCGGGAGGAAGCGUUUGUAUCCAUGGAUGUUGGAAAGAAUUGAGGUGAAAGGCCAGGUGUUGCAUCUCCUGCAGUUGCAUGGGAAGGUGCUGUAAAAUGGAGAGUGGAUAUUGGUGGAAGUAUUAUUCAGGGAGUUGUGAAGGGAGUGGUGCCUUUGGAAUGCUGGAAGUGGAGGGGAGGAUGUGUUUGGUGGUAGCAUCAUGUUGAAGGAGGUGGAAAUUAGAGGAUGAUUCAUUGAAUAUGGAGGAUCAUGAGGUAGAAGGUGAGUCCAAUCUUUGCUCAGAGUAGGAGGAGAAGGCGUGAGAAUAGAUGUGUUGGAAAUGCACCAGAUGUGGUUGAGAGUCUUGUAAGCCAGAGUGAGAAGAAAGCCUUUAGAGAAAAAUGAAAGCUUCCCCUUUAGUUCAGGACUCUCAACCACAUUUGUUCCAUUUCAUCCAUUUCUACUCUUGCUCCUCCUUCCACCAGUGCAAGGAUAGGUUUCCCAGAACCAGCCUUCACACUCAAUGGAUCAUUGUUUGUAAUUUCCAUCAUCAACAUGCUGCCGCCAGCAAACACACCCUAUCCCCUUUCAGCAUCAAACCAAAAUUCCUCCUUCAUUCUUGCAUCUCCACCAACACUCAUUCCCCUUUGCACAGCACUUUCCCAUGCAACAGCUGCCCUUGACCCUUUCACUCCCCACUAUCCAGUGUCAUAAGGAAUCCUUCCAGGUGAAGCAUCGAUUCACUUGUAUUAUGUACAAUUUGGUAUAUGCAAUUUGGUGGUCCUCUUCCAUCGGGUAGAAGAUACAGGAGCCUGAGGGCACGUACCACCAGACUUAAGGACAGCUUCUACCCCACUGUGAUAAGACUAUUGAACAGUUCCCUUAUACAAUGAGAUGAACUCACGAUCUACCUUGUUGUGACCUUGCACCUUAUUGCACUGCACUUUCUCUGCAGCUGUGACACUUUACUCUGUAUUGUUAUUGUUUUUACCUGUAUUACAUCAAUGGACUUUGUACUAACUCAAUGUAACUGCACUGUGUAAUGAAUUGACUUGUACGAUUGGUUUGUAAGACAAGCUUUUCACUGUACCUUGGUACAAGUGACAAUAAUAAACCAAUACCAAUAUUGUA